AUGCUCCCAUCCAUCCUCUCCCUUCUGGCUCUCCUCCUCCACACCAUAGGAGCCAACACAACCGCCAUCCACCCCAUCUCCAGAAAAACCUGCCAAUCCACCGGAACCCACUGUCCCCCAGGAACCCUAAUCGUCAGCCCGACCUCCAAACAUGCUUCUCACAAAACCAUCCAAUCCGCCAUAAGCUCCCUCCCGGACGACACAACCCAACAAACAAUCCUCAUCCUAGAAGGCACAUACGUCGAGCAAGUAAACAUAACCCGCUCGGGCCCAAUAACCCUCCUCGGCCAAACAUCCUCUCCAAAAGACGCAUCUCGAAAUCGCGUGCGCAUCACCUGGGCCGCGGGAAACAGGGACAGUACCGGCAACGUCGACAAUGUCUUCUCCAGCGUCCUGGUUGUAGCACCAACGCUCGAAGCGAGUCUCACGGGCUCAGGACCGACAGGGUAUCCCGUGCCGGAUGAUACGCCGUUCGGAAAUAAGGAUUUCCGCGUGUAUAAUGUCGACUUUGAUAAUACUUGGGCGGAGUAUUCAGAUGGGCCGGCGCAUGCAUUGAGUCUCAGUCGUGCUAAUGGCGGGUUUUAUCACUGCGGGUUUUAUUCGUAUCAGGAUACAGUCUACAUAGGCAAACUCGGCAACGCCUACUUCUACCAAAGCAUCCUAGCCGGCCAAACUGACUUCCUCUACGGCUUCGGCACAGCCUGGAUCCAAUCGAGCGCCCUCCAGCUCCGCGGCUGUGGCGGCGGUAUAACAGCCUGGAAAGGAACUAACACUACAACGCCCAACAAGUAUGGCGUGUACAUUGUUGAUUCGAGCGUGCGUGCGGCGAACGUCUCCGUCGCGGCUGAUAUUAAGGGUGCGUGUGCGCUCGGCCGGCCGUGGAAUAGUCUGCACCGGUCUAUCUUUGCGCGUUCGUACGAGGACGGGAGUGUUGAUCCGCGCGGGUAUAUCGAUUGGGUUAUUGGAGGUGUUGGGAGGUUCGAGGAGGGUGUUACGCUUAUGGCGGAGUAUCGGGUUUACGGGCCUGGGGUUAAUGAGACUGCUCGUGUUGAGGGUGGUGUUACUGACGUUCUUGGAUGGGAGGGAUAUGAGAUGUAUAGUACUCCGCAGAAGGUUUUUGGGGAUACGAAGUGGGUUGAUUGGGAGGCUGUUAAGGGGUGA